AUGAAUCGUCUUUACAACCAAACGCAGCAGCCAAUGAGGAUGGCAAGCAAUGACUUCUUUUCCAUUGGGCCUUACAGAAAGCGAAAGGAUCAAUCAAGGGAGUCUGUGCUUGACAAAUACACCAUUCUUGGAUACAUAGCGUCUGGAACGUAUGGAAAGGUGUUCAAAGCCAGUGGAAAGUCAAAGGAUAACCAGAAACAAUUCUAUGCUAUCAAAAAGUUCAAAAUUGACAGCAAAGACAGUGAAAUUACUCAUUAUACUGGUAUAUCUCAAAGUGCAAUCAGAGAGAUAUCACUUUGCAAAGAACUAAAGAACGAAAACGUUAUCAAUUUGACAGAGAUUGUGCUGGAAAACAAAUGCAUUUACAUGAUCAGUGAGUUUGCCGAAUACGAUCUGCUUCAAAUUAUUCACCAUCAUAGUCACCCAGAUUUGAAACCCAUCAACGAACAAAUGCUGAAAUCGAUUUUAUUUCAGAUUUUGCAAGGUUUGAACUACUUACAUGAAAAUUGGAUCAUACAUAGAGAUUUGAAACCUGCAAAUAUUAUGGUUACUAGUGAAGGAAUAGUGAAAAUCGGUGAUUUAGGUUUGGCCAGAAAGUUCAACAAUUUGUUGCAGACCUUAUAUACUGGUGACAAGGUCGUAGUCACCAUUUGGUAUCGAUCUCCUGAGCUGUUGUUGGGAGCUAGGCAUUAUACUCCAGCCAUUGAUCUAUGGGCUGUUGGCUGUAUCUUGGCCGAAUUACUAUCUUUGAGGCCAAUAUUCAAAGGUGAGGAGGCCAAGAUAGAUAAGAAACAAUUGCCCUUCCAAGAAAACCAGCUGUUAAAAAUCAUAGAAAUUCUAGGUACGCCAACAGUGCACUCUUGGAAAUCAUUGAAAGAUUAUCCUGAAUAUCAUCAAUUGUCCAAAUUCAAUAUUUUCCCUCCUAAUUUGUCGGCAUGGUUCCAUUCAAUGGGUGGUCAGAAUAAGAACUGCUUAGGACUACUGUCAAACCUUUUGCAGUAUGACCCGGCUGAUCGUCUGAGCGCUCAUAGCGCUCUAAGUCAUGACUGGUUCUCUGAGUCACCGGCAAUAACCAAGAAUGUCUUCAAGAACACUAAGGUCAAGUAUCCAAUCAGAAAGAUCCAAAAGGACGAUGUCAAUCUUUUGAACCAGUCACAACAAUACUCAAACAUAGGCCAGAAAAGAGCAAUACAAGAUGAUGGUAGUCGUAAGAGAAGAGCCUGA